UCUGUCUCUCAUUAUUUUGCACGAUUUAACAAAUCAAGUGUCGAUAGUCCAUACUGUGACUGUCGCAGAAACUGUAGGAUCUAAAAAUUGCUUUGACUGAUCAUUCACAAUACUCACCCUGAAGAACAAAGGGUAAUAGUCUUCCGAAACUCAGAACCAUGGACGAUUGCAGCCCGAUUGAGAUCGACGAAGGAACACCCGACCAGCCUGGUGUGGCUGACGAAGUGCAGACUGAUAACGCGAUCCCCGUUGCAUCUGGUGCUAAAGUUCCUCCGGUAAAGAAGCCAAGAAAGGUACGAGCCAAAGCGAUUGCUCCGAAAAGUCGCAGUGUAGAUACCGCCGAAGAGGAUCCCGCAGUUCUGCAGCACGAAUGCACGUUGCCAGUUCAAUCUCGCCUUCCCUUGAAUCGGAUCAAAGCCUUUAUGAAACUGGAUCCCCGCACACAUAUGAUCAGUAACGAUGCGGUCUACCUAACGUCGAAGGCAACGGAAUUGUUUAUCCAAAUGCUGACCAAAGAUGCGUGGAGCGUUGCGCAACGAUCUCGCCACAAAAGUCUGCAAACCGACGAUAUCAAAUCUUCCAUUAGCGCUUCCGAAACCUAUAGCUUCCUCGAAGAUAUGAUGUGAGUCGCGAAUCUGGGAAAUUUAAAAUCACAUCCGAAUUCGAGAUACCACCUUCCAAGCUAAGUGUCAUUACAAUGAUGAUUCUGUUCUCCGUUUUGCUGAUAAUGUUGUAUGUGUUUAUGUAUUUCUGCUCCUGUUUUUAAUUCCCUCUUGUACAUACUCGUAUU